GCGCAGAGGUGGCUUUAAAAGUCCUCGGAGGGGUCGGGAUCGUCACCCGAUUGUCCCCAUGGCCCCCCCUGCCCCGCCGCUGGCUCUCCUGGCGCUGGUGGCCCUGCUGGCCCCGGGGAUCGGGGUGGCUUUGCCCGGUUGUGACAAUCCCUGCGCUUCCUCGGACGUCGCCGUCGCUUGCCAGGCUGAGAGCCGCUGCGGUAACACCCCGCACCCGGCGGCUCCUCCGGUGGAGCUGAGCCUCUACUACGAGAGUCUGUGCCCUGCGUGCCGCGGGUUCCUGGUCCAUCAGCUCUUCACCUCCUGGCUGGUGCUGCCCCCCGAGGUCCUCAACAUCACCCUGGUGCCCUACGGCAAUGCCCAGGAGAAGAACGAGAGCGGGAAGUUGGAGUUCGAGUGCCAGCACGGGCAGGAGGAGUGUUUGGGGAACAUGAUUGAGGCCUGCCUGCUGCACGAAGCACAGAACUUCAGCACCUCUUUCCCUGUCAUCUUCUGCAUGGAGUCGGGCAGCUCUGUCACCAAGAACCUGGAGGCCUGCCUCCAGGUCUACGCCCCGCACUUGGACGGAGCCCGCAUCUCCUCCUGCGUGCGGGGCCCCACUGGGACCGCCCUCAUGCACCGCAACGCUCAGCUGACCCAAGCUCUCGAUCCCCCGCACCAUUACGUCCCCUGGAUCCUCAUCAACGGGAAGCACACGGAGGAGCUGCAGGCCCAGGCUCAGACCUCGCUGCUGGGGCUGCUCUGCCACCUCUACCAGGGGGAGAAGCCCGAAGCCUGUGGGGGCUCAGGGACCCCGAAAGCCCCGGGCGGCUGCAGGCGCUGAGGGACAGCGCAGAAGCACGGAGCGAGUGGAUAAUAAAAAAGUUUUGUGUAAUGAUAAAAAUAAUAAAAACCAAAAAAAACACAACAA